AUGUUGGCUCUACGACAUAGGCUACCCUUCAUUGCGUUAGGGAAGCGCUGGUGGCAGAAAUUGAUUCAAUCCAAGGACAACAGCAACGAUGUUCCUUUUCCAUGGCAGCAAUUUACCGUUUUAGCGCUUGUACGGAUAUGUGAACCAAUUGCGUUCAUGUCAGUAUUUCCCUACGCCUAUUACAUGGUUGAAUCAUUCCAUGUGGCUGAAAGCGAGGAAAAAAUUGCUCUCUUCGUUGGCAUGAUUACAUCUGCCUUUACCUUUGCCGAAUUCAGCAGUGGAGUUUUCUGGGGCCGUCUAAGUGACAAAAUCGGUCGAAAGCCAGUUCUCAUUAUGGGUUUGAUUGGAACCGCCAUCAGCAUGUUGGUUUUCGGCUUCGCACCAAAUUUCCCGACAGCCAUGGUGGCUCGAGCCCUAGGCGGAUUACUCAAUGGGAAUAUUGGCGUUCUACAGACGACAGUUGCGGAGCUAGUAACGUCCAAAGAACAGCAACCCCGUGCGUACUCGAUCAUGCCUUUUAUCUGGUGUCUUGGCUCAAUUAUUGGCCCGUACCUGGGCGGUGCUCUAGCCAGACCCGUCCUGAGCUAUCCUGGUAUUUUCAAGGCAGGGACCAUAUUUGAUCGGUUCCCCUUUCUACUCCCCAACUUGGUUUGUAUCGGCAUCCUCAUUGUUGGAAUUACGAUUGGCACUCUUUUCCUGGAAGAAACGCACGCCGAAAAGAAGCAUCGCAGGGACCAUGGAGUUGAAUUGGGCCGCUGGUUGUUGGGCAGAUUUUCAAGCCGUCAUGAAGAAGUUGCUGAACCAAUGGAAGUAAAGGCCGGACUGAUCAGCGAAAUGGAAAAUGAAGAACUCUAUGAAGACCAACCGCCAGAAUACCGAAGUAGGGAAUCAUCUCCUCGCCCGUCCUCGAUCGGCAAUGUCCGGCCCCGGGAAAUUGAUGUCGACCUUGAAGGGCCAAGGAGAAGUCGCCGCGUUGGUUUCAAGAACGCAUUGACAAAGCCGGUUGUCUGUGUUAUUGUAGGAUACGGCAUCUUGGCUUAUCAUAGCGUCUCCUUCGACCAGUUGAUGCCUAUUUUCCUGAGCACACCACCCUCAAAGGCCGAGAUUGACUUGCCGUUCAAAUUCACUGGUGGCUUGGCCCUUUCGACAAAAACGAUCGGCUAUAUGCUUGCUGUCCAAGGCUUUUACUCUCUAUUUGCACAACUCUUUCUUUUCCCCCUAUUGGUUCAGCGACUCGGCGCGCUCCGGACUCUUCGAUUGGCUCUAUUCACCUGGCCACCUAUUUACUUCGCGGUCCCUUACCUUAUUUUAUUACCGUCGGCCUUGCAGAUACCAGUUGCCUACGUGGCUUUGCUCAGCAAAAUUACGCUUCAUGUUAUUUGCUUCCCCGCAAUUGCGUUGCUGCUCGCCAAUACAAUCCCUUCCAAAAACGUCAUGGGAUCGAUCAAUGGGCUAGCUUCAUCGGUAGCUAGUCUGAGCCGGGCUCUCGGUCCUUCAAUCACAGGCCUUUUGCAUUCGCAAGGACUGCACAGUGGAUAUUCAAUCAUCGCCUGGUGGGCUUUGGGAGUUGUCUGUGUGAUUGGCGCCACCGAAAGUCUUCUUAUGGAGGAAGCCGAACCGAAAUGCCAACACGACACUGAAACUGUCACUGGCACGAACGAGCAGACAACAAGCGCUUGCCAACGUCAGCAGUCACUGUGCCCAGAAACCCUAGUGGUAUCAGAGGAGGCCGGGCUACUUUCGUUGACAAGUUCCGAGAUUUCCGAUCCACUUGAGAUCGCUCUCGACGAUAGACCGGAAAAAGACUGA